GGCGCACGCGCGGUGGAGGCGGCUGAGCGCACGCCGAGGCGGCAGCGGGGGCACCGCGGGAGGCAGAGUCGCGAGCGUAGAGCGGGACCUCUCGGCCGUCGCCAGCUUUCAGGUGUAGGCAAAAGGAGCGAGGCUAACCGGGUUAGCAGAGAUGAGUGCAUGUGUUGCUGCCCUCAUCAGGGAAGUGAAGCAGAAUGCCAGCACUAAGCUGUAGGUUCUACCAGCAUAAGUUUCCGGAGGUGGAAGAUGUUGUGAUGGUCAAUGUUCGAUCCAUUGCUGAAAUGGGUGCUUAUGUCAGCCUGCUAGAAUACAACAACAUCGAAGGCAUGAUCCUUCUCAGUGAGCUGUCCAGAAGACGUAUUCGUUCCAUAAACAAACUCAUCCGCAUUGGAAGGAACGAAUGUGUCGUGGUCAUAAGAGUUGACAAAGAGAAAGGUUAUAUUGAUCUGUCAAAAAGAAGAGUUUCUCCAGAGGAGGCAAUCAAAUGCGAAGACAAAUUCACAAAAUCAAAGACUGUGUACAGCAUUCUUCGCCAUGUUGCUGAGGUGUUGGAGUACACUAAGGAUGAGCAGCUUGAGAGCCUGUUCCAGAGGACUGCCUGGGUAUUUGAUGACAAGUACAAGAGACCGGGAUAUGGUGCCUAUGACGCAUUCAAGCAUGCAGUCUCAGACCCUGCCAUCCUGGAUAGCCUAGAUCUCACAGAGGAAGAGAGACGUGUAUUGAUUGACAAUAUUAACAGACGUCUGACUCCACAAGCAGUCAAAAUCCGAGCUGAUAUCGAGGUUGCGUGUUAUGGUUAUGAAGGUAUAGAUGCAGUGAAAGAAGCUCUGAGAGCAGGCUUGAACUGUUCCACAGAGAACAUGCCCAUUAAAAUCAAUCUGAUAGCCCCUCCUCGGUAUGUGAUGACUACUACAACACUGGAGAGAACUGAAGGACUCUCUGUUCUGAAUCAAGCCAUGGCUGUCAUUAAAGAGAAAAUUGAGGAGAAGAGAGGAGUCUUCAAUGUGCAGAUGGAGCCUAAAGUGGUUACUGACACAGAUGAGACUGAGCUUGCAAGGCAGUUGGAAAGACUGGAGAGGGAAAAUGCUGAAGUGGAUGGAGAUGACGAUGCUGAGGAAAUGGAAGCGAAAACUGAAGACUAAAUACUCUGGGAUAUUUGGAAGAGAAACCGUAUGAGAAAUUAGAGACCCCGUUGCAAACACUCUGGACUAAAUGUUUCCAGUAUUGAAAACUUCAAAUGCAAAUACUUGAAGUAUGGUACUGGUUUAAAAAGACCAAUAAAGCAUCUCCUGAGUAACAUUUGAUGCGGCAACUUACAAAUUGAAUCUUUGAAAAGCAAGGUGCCAAGUCAUAUUCAAGACACAAAUCUCAUGACUUGAGGGCGGCUGCAGCUCCACUUUUUAACACUUACAUACGUAACAAUUCCAGAUUGGUGAUUCCAGCUCAGUUAAUGAUGUUUUCUAGAAGCACGAAAACCAAACAGGUUGAACAGUUCUAUACAGGAUGUAUUUGAGCAAAUAUCCAAUAAAGUUCUGUGCUACGUAACCUGAAGCUUUUUUUUUUGAUCUUUUGUUAAAUUGCCCGGAGUGCUGUCAUCAGUUGGUGAUUCCCCUUUAAUGCUGAAAAGGGAAUAUUGAAAAGGGCUUCCUUGUUUUAAAUUGAGGCAAAAAUUAGUGGAGUUACGUUUUGGUUUGUUUUCUACAAGUUUGUUGAUGUAGAUUUCUUUAGAAGAGUGCUUUUCUUCUGCAUUUAGGGACUCAGAACUUGUAGGCUUCAUAAGUAGCAUGUUACAACUUCAGUAAGUAUAGUUGAUAACAAAAAUAGAGUUACGUUGUUCCUGUAUGUGAAUAUAGCAGGAGCUUUAAUGAAUUUAUUCAUACUUCUUCAAAAUACAUACUGCUGUAUUCUGUGCUAACUGUUGUAUGACCUUCCAGUUCCACAUAAGCUAUAUCUACAUUACAGUGGGCCGAACUGUUCAGUAAGCAGCCAGUUUAUCUCCUCACAACAGGAGAAACAAGAUGGGCUUUCCAUGAAGUGGAAAAAAGCCUCCGGUUUGCCCUUGGCUGUGGGAAUUGAGGGGACAGUUCUUUUUAAAAAUGAAACUUGCUCAAAUUGCUGAUUUUUAAAUGUGUUUAUACUUUUCAUAGUUGUUUCAUCCUAUAUUGCACGUCUUUUUUUCUUCUUUUGUUCUGCUUGAGGAAUAAAUGCAUGAAAAAAA